AUGAGUCUGUCACAAACUUCCGAUCAACGUCCAGUAUCAACUGAAAAAGCAAACGCAAUUGAUAUUUCAAUCAUACCAGAGAACAAUCAAGAGACCAGCUUUGGUGGAUCAGUAGCCAACUUACUAGAAAAUCAAAACCUCUUGGAUUUCAAUGGCAUUUCUGCUAAUGAUGUGCUUCAGUAUUUCAGUACUGAAGAUAUACAGACUUAUAUCAACACUGAACAGGAUCCCUUUUUACGGAUCGAGGCAUUGUAUAACCAAUUGACAUACUAUCUUGAUCAGCCCAUUUUUGAAAAAAGCUAUGAGCAGCAACCGAGGGAUGUACCCGUUGUGGGAGCCACAUCAGCACAUCAGCCACCACCACCACCACCACUACCUCUACCUCUACCACUACCACUACCACUACCACAGUCGAAUGUAUCCACAAUGCCACACUCAACCUCUAUAAGCACUCAAGCAUUAAGUGCCUCAUUGGUCCCAGGAAUGGUUGCACAUUCGCCCUUGCCUUCUCACGUGGAUGUGUUCCCGUUGGAUUCAGAUAGGUCAAGCUUUUUGAACCCACUUUUAGUCAAUAGUAAUUGCAACGGCAAGAACACUACACCUUAUGCGAUUAGAAAAACUGUUUCUGUUGAUGCGCAACCUAAUGUUGUUGCUGACAAAUUUGGUGGUAAAUUUUCCUAUCCUACAAAUUUCGCAACCAUUGCUAGCUCGCCCCUUUUCGCAAACAGUUUUGUCCUUAGUUCCUCAAACGGAGAAUCAGUGUUGCAAACACGAGAAAAUUUAUACAAACUUGGAGGAGAUGGUGGAGAUGGUGGUGGCGGCAGUGGUGGUGGCGGUGUAAGCGCAGAUGCGGGAUAUGAUGAAACUUCAUGUACCCAUUUGGGCAACAAUGAAUUCCCUUACUACCUGCAGAGCAAUUCGUCCAAAUUGGACGAGUUAAGGGAAUCCUUGAACUUGUUGCCGUGUUAUGGACUAUUGCCCAAUUCACAAAUUGUACAUCAUCGGUACCAAAGUCAGUAUUAUGACGAUAACUCGGUGAUUUCAAACAGCUCCCUUAGUUAUGCUGCGAUUACAAGCUUGAGAAGAAAUGACACUGAGGGGACUCCGACACCGCUGAGGGGCUGUGAUCAGCAGUCGGCUACGAUUCCGUCGUCUCCGAUUGCCAAUGCCAAAGCCCGUCACCAUUCACGGUGGUCGUCGUUUUCGCUGACAAGACAACAAGUGGAGAAGGAGGAGGAGGAUGAAGAUGAUAAAGAGGCGGAGUUUGGGUCUGGUGCAACUGAGCAAACGUCGUUGGGGAAAUUUGCCUAUGUUCCAUCGUACGACGUACACAAUAUGGUUUCACCGAUAAUCUUCACCUUUGUUGAACGUAGACAAGACUUCGUUACUUUCGUUCAACAGCAGCAACAGAGCCACUACCACCACCAUCACCACCAUCACCACAACCACGUCACGGGCAAAUUCGUUAAAAUUUCACCGCCAGCAUCAUCAGCCUCAACAAGACGUUCCAGCUUCACCAAACGUGCGGUAGCACCUAGAUGCACAUCACCAACAAGCUCAGAGAUUUACGACAUUGGUCCCAAGAUCCUUCCUGUCCCAUUCUCCAAGGACUUUAAUGCCUUGAAGUACACUCGAUUCAGACCACUAUCCGAAUUGAAAGCCAUGGAUCAUUACCAACUCCCCAAAAAUCAACGCAGCAAUUACUCAAUUGACAAGAUGAGGCGCAAACCGCAUUGUCCCAAUCGGCCCGCGAGUGGCGGUCUUGGUCUAUUCCGAUUGGAACCACUGGCUCCGCUCCCAACCACCACCAUCACCACCACCAGUCUACUAAGCGAGACAAAAAACGAUCGGUACUACUCACGACUCAACAUUUAUGAAUUAUCAAAGAUUUUAGAUUUGGACCAAUACGACAUUGAAUUGACGAAAUUCAUUGAGGGUGCCAUAUUGGAGAUUUUUGGCAAUUAUUGUGAUUUCAAAUUGGGGUUGCAAACGUGGAUCCGCGAUACUGGGAAGGAGAAGCGCAAGUGUUUGAUUGAGGAGUUGUAUUCAUAUAGUUCAGUUUUCUAUCCCGAAAUUGAUCCUUUCAAGUUAGAAGUGAUUGUGAGGAGGGGCAGUUACAGUAUGAUGCAGACACGGUUGAGGAGGGAGCGUCGAAUUCAAAAGGGCAGGCAGAAGUGA